AGUAAGCUGUAAGUGAUUGGAGAAAGAAUGGUUCCUUAGCAGUUGAGCCUUAAAAAAGUGGACAUUUGCCAAGUUGAGUAAUGAAGGGCCGGCGGGGAAAGGAAAGGAAAGGAUAGAGAGAUUGGUUGCGAUUAUUGAUGGGAUUAAUAUUGUCGGGUUUCCCCUCUUCAACCUCUUCUCUCUUCUUCUCUUCUUCUUCCCUUCUCCUCCCCCCUCUCCUAAUACCUAAUCAAUUCCCUCUCUCUCCUAAGAGGUGUCUCUCAUUUUUCUUUAGGAUUAUUAUCAUUAGCCUUUUCCCUGUUUCCCUACCCUCCUCUCCACUCAUCCUAGCGCUACUCUCCCUUGCAGCCACCCGAAAUUUCUCUAGUUUGUCCCCAACUUGCAGCUGUAUGUUCUGCUUCGGCCGUCCCGCCGAUUCCCGAUCCUCCCGAUCUCCACCCCAACGUUGAUCUUCUCUCCCACUGACUCUUCCCCUUCUUUUUCCUUUUGGUCCCCUCCAGGAUAUGCGAGUCGAUCUCCUAAACUAGCUACUGGUUCGAUUGACGGCUGAAACGGUAUACGGUACACACCAUGGCUUGCUCUGCGCAAUCCAUGACC